GGGGUAUGGUUUAAAAUUUGCAGACGACGGAAUUGUGAUCGGCUCUUGCGAUGUCUGGAACUCCUGGGUCGUCUGGUGCACAUCCAGAUGCACAUCAUCGUCACGAACGACCACAUUUCCCCCAGAGGCCCCCAGACUUGUCAAAGGAUGAGAUUAGAGUGCUGAAAGAAUGCAGUACAGAAAGCUUUUGGUUCAGAUGUGUACCACUAUCCCUCGCCAUGAUCACAGCUACCCAGUUUGCGGUAAACAAAGGUUAUCUUGCGCGUCAUCCUAAAUAUGGAUCUCUGUUGAAGAGUAUAGGGGCUGGUUUUGUAGGUUAUGUGGUUGGCAAAGUCUCCUAUCAGGGGGAGUGUAGGAGAAAAAUUCUGGCCUUGCCAGAUAGCCGCCUGGCCGAUGCUGUCAGACAGAGAAGUGGAUUACGACCGAUGGAAGAAAUAUCCUCAUCUGUGCCUGAGUUACCCAGAAUUAGCAGGCAGCCCCAGCAGGAGAAACCGCUGAACGAAGUAUACAGUAGCUCUUUGGAGCUCACCACGGACAGAGAUUCCUCCACAACACCUCAGGGUCUAGAUGACAGCCAGAGACCAACACUAGACAAUGACAGCCUGUAUUCCAAGCCUUCAGGGCAAAGUAUUCCACCCAGCAGCUAUGUAGACUAUGAUGAAUUGAGGAAGAAAAACAGGUCAGAGUUUCAACAGAAGAGUAAACCUGAUGGCCCUGGUGACAGUUCUCCAAGUGACUUCUCAAAAAGACCCUGGCCAACACCAUCCCCUAGGGAUAUGGACUUGUCCCGUCACCACAGGCCACCCCCAGCACCCUCUCCACAACCCAGGCAGCAACCAGGUACAAACAAAUAUGGCGACGUUUGGGAGGAGUAGCAUUACAAGUGUAUGUAUUAAACCAUGAAUAAUUAUGAAUUAGUAAUGUAUAGUGUGUGAGGAAGUUUAGGAUGGUAUACAAAAGAGCAGUGCAUACUCUACGAUGAAGCUUGGUAUAAGUGUAUGUAAUGUAGGGUAUUUUCCAACGACUACAGAUACCAUGGUCAGGGAUCAGAAAAUGUAUGGUGGUAUGUUUAUGUCCUAUAACAUUAAAAAGUGUUGUUGGGAUGCCAGUAAAUAAAAUAUGGUUUGGUUGACAUCCUUGUGUUGAGCAUUGACAUUGUCUGGCCAAAUGACUCGCAGAAGUUCGUUAUGCUGGGAAUUCAUCAGAAUGUUGUGGAAACUAGAUUUUGCAUAUAUAAGAAUUUUUACCAAACGGAUAACCGGUCUUUGACUCCAAGAUGGAGCAGUUUACGGAGUUUAGUACAAAUCUGUCUAGCUGUUUCACCAGUUUUUUUUGGUAUGUGACACUUUAAGUAAUUUCAUAAAAUGAGUAAUUUCUUCCAUCCUGCUGUGCUGGUGUUCAGGCAGCGUUCUCAACUGUAGGUUAUAACAUCGCUAUACAUGUGGCCGGUGAAAGUGAUAUAAAUCAGUACAGUGAAGUACUGGCGGUAGGGGGUAGACAGAAUACUCGAAACCAGUGACUAAACAUUGUGGAGGUGCAACUGUACGGAAGUCUAUUAUACACUCGUUAGGAAGUCAUUGUCGAGGAACUUUCCUGUCCUUAUUUCUGUUGGAUGACCACUGAUUGGAUACUGGUACUGAGGCACUACACCAACUGUUCUCAUACCAGCAGAUGAAUCAUUAGGUACACCAUGGAGGUAUAUACUUCCAGUGAUACACCUACAUGUACAGGGGCAGUUUGGGAAUAGUUAGAACUUUAUGCAGGAUAGAAAUGGUUAGGUAUCCGGUUUGAGGCAUUGCACCUAUGGUGCAGUACUAAAUACUUGGGCUGUUAAAUCUCAGCUGUGAGUGUGAUAUACCUUUUGUCUUAUUCUGUUAUUUGGAAUAGUCAUGGUCACGCUUUUCUUGCUUUAAGUAGAAUUCCAAAUAGUUUUAAGAUCGAAAAAUAGCCUUCCCGUCAUAUCAUGUAUCUAUGCAAUAAACUGGGCUAAAGUGUGACAUUUAUCUUUCGGUUUUCUUAUUGUAUUUCAUUAUUAAGUAUUUACUUAAUUUGAGUCACUACUGUGAUUUAAAUAAUUCUUUAUAGUUGCCAAUCUGAGUAGACAAAUUCAGGACUUCUAUAAACAACAGAUAUCAGCCUUAAAUGAAAUCUUGUU